GAGUUUUCUUUUUUUCUUCCGUCUUCUUCUUCUUCCUCUGUCGGCGUUAGCGCUGCUAACGUUAAGUUAAGCUAACUAGCAUAGCCUAAGCUAACGUGCAAGGUUUGUGUGUCGCUCGGCUACACGCAUACACCUAGCGAGCACGGACCGCCGAGGACAAACCGCCUCUAAAGUCGGGAAAUAUUCAAACAAACUUCUCCCCCGGUUAACUUGUACAGGGAUGCACCGAUAGUGCGAUAUAAUGGUGAGCGCAGCCAUGUCAGAGGAGGCGGUGCGUCAAACGCGCAGCCAGAAGCGGGCUCUGGAGAAGGACCACGUGGCUCCCCUGGAUUCCCCCGAGGACCCGGACAGCAAGCGGGUCAAGCUGGAGAAGGGCGACGCGACGGGGGCCCCCCUCCCGGCCGCGGCGGGGUCCGGAGACGAGGGCGACAAGCUGAGCAGCGAGCACGCCGCCAAGGUGCCGGCCGGCCUCCCAAAAGCUGGGGAGGUGAAGGCCACCAUCAAAGUGGAGGUGCCGACCGGAGACGAGCCGGUCGACAUGAGCACGUCCAAGAGCGACGUGAAGAGCGAGCGGCAGCCGGCGUCGCCGGAUGACGUCAUCGUGCUGUCGGACAACGAGUCGUCCAGCCCUCUCAUGAACGGCCACGGCUUCUCCAAGGCCGACACCGAUAAGCUCAUGCAGAGUUCUCCUGAGGAGAGGGAGCGAGUCAUCAAACAGCUGAAGGAGGAACUGCGACUCCAGGAGGCCAAGCUGGUGCUGCUCAAGAAACUACGACAGAGCCAGAUCCAGAAGGAGAGCAAUGUGCAGAAGUUGGGUGGCUCUGCAGCCACUCCUCCUCCUCUCGUGAGAGGUAGCAUCACAUCCAGCAAAGGGCCCCUCCAGGUGACCGGUCGGAGCUCGGGCACGGUGAUCCCUCCCCCUUUGGUGCGGGGAGGGCAACACAUGCCGUCCAAACAAAACUCUCAGAUCGUCAUGCCUCCCCUGGUCCGAGGGGCCCAGCCCAUCGCAGUGACUCCCCAGCAGAUAGCCAGUCUACGGCAGCAACAGCAUCAGCACAGCGGCUCGGGGCCCCCGCCGCUCCUGCUGGCCCCCAGGGCCUCUGUGCCCAAUGUCCAGGUUCAGGGCCAGAGGAUCAUUCAGCAGGGACUCAUCCGGGUGGCUAACGUGGCCAACAAUAAUGUCCUGGUCAACAUCCCUCAGGCCUCUCCGACCAGCCUUAAAGGCUCUUCGGUGUCGCCCAACUCCAACCUCAACGACUCCCCGGCCAGCCGGCAGGCGGCAGCCAAGCUCGCCCUGCGCAAGCAGCUGGAGAAGACGCUGCUGGAGAUCCCGCCGCCCAAACCCCCGGCCCCCGAGUUCAACUUCCUGCCCUCGGCGGCCAACAAUGAGUUCAUCUACUUGUUGGGGCUGGAGGAGGUGGUGCAAAAGCUUCUGGAGAUGCACGGCAGGGGUAACCUGGGCGCAGCCAUCGCCAGUUGCAUUCCCAAAGAGCCGUACACGUGCGCCCAGUGCAGGACAGACUUCACCUCCCGCUGGAGAAAGGAGAAGGCCGGCACCGUCCUCUGCGACCAGUGCAUGUCGUCCAAUCAGAAGAAGGCCCUGAAGGCCGAGCACACCAACCGGCUGAAGGCGGCCUUCGUCAAGGCCCUGCAGCAGGAGCAGGAGAUCGAGCAGCGCAUCCUCCAGCAGGCGGCGUCCUCUUCGUCCUCCUCCACCAAGUCCACCUCCUCCCCCUCGCUGUCCAAGGGCGAGGUGCUGGUGUCCCAGCAGUACAAGCACGGCCGGGCCUCCAUGCAGCACCGGUCCGUGCCGGCGCACCACGGCCACAAGCAGAGUCACAUGUCGCACAACAUCCAGUCGAUGAGCGCCCGCGGCGUGGCCCACUCCUUCACCUCCUCCUCCCAGCUGCAGAGCGCGAUGGCGGCGGCGGCGGCGCUGGGCAGCAGGGCGGGCAAGCACACCGCGGCGCGCCCGCUGCAGCAGGGGGCCAAGGUCAGCGCCGGCGGCAGUAACCAGGGCAACGUGACCGCCUGGAGGAAGCAGAGCGGCGGCAACGCGGGUGUGACCAUGGCCUACGUGAACCCCAGCUUGUCCGCCCACAAGACCACCUCCGCCGUGGAGCGCCAGCGGGAGUACCUGCUGGACAUGAUUCCCUCCCGCUCCAUCUCGCAGGCAGCCAACACAUGGAAAUAAAGCAAUAUGUCACAACUAUUACCCCCCCCCCCCCCCCCCCCUAAUAUCAAUAACAGCCAUUCUCAUGAUCACUCUAAUCCUUUCUGCGGACUCUGCCUCUGGUCCAAACAGCGUUGUCCUUUUGUGGGGGGGGGGGGGGGGUGGAGGUCGUUCCUUCUGCUCUUUUGCUACCGUCCUUGAGUGGACGACGGCUCAGGUUCCUGAGCUCUGAUGGAGGGACGUGGGGGCUACAUGGGCUCGUACAAUCUUACAAAAGACAAAUAAUCCCCCAAUAUCCAAGGUGGGAAGGAAUAAACAACCACCCCCGCCCCCUAUCCAUUACCCUCCUCGCCUUACGUCGAACCCCUCCCCCGGGUAAGGCCUCACCAGGGGGGGGGGGGGGGGGGAGCUUUGAGGACCAUCCACGACACAAUAACUGCUUCAGCUUUGCAAAAACAAAGAAAGAAAAUGGAGAAAGAAAAAGGAAAAAAAAACAAAGGACUAAAAAUGAUCUCAAUCGACACCGGACUUCUGCGCUCGGACCCCCGGAGGGAGGUGGACGCGUGGGGGGGGGGGGGGGGGGGGGGGGGGUUUGUACGGCUAAAUGUUGGGAUUUCUGUCUUUUCAUCUGCGAGUCAUAUACUGUGUUUGGAAUAUUGUGCUCCCUGAUACUUUGGAAGUGGCCUCUUCUCGAGGUCAGAAUAUACAGGCUAAUGUUACUGUCGAGGUGGUUUUACAUCUGCUGGGUUCCAUGUCGUGGCCUACUUUUAAAUACUUUGUUUUUUUUCUAAGAUAAAGAGGAAGAAUAGAGUUUAAGGUGUCACUAACUCGUGUAAAGACACUAUGUUUG